AACACACACGUAAUUUGAGAUGGCUCUCAAACGCAUCAACAAAGAGCUCCAGGAAAUUCAAAGAGAUCCUCCUUCUUCAUGCUCAGCCGGUCCGACCGGAGAUGAUCUUUACCACUGGCAAGCCACGAUUGUUGGCCCCAGCGACAGCCCCUACUCACAAGGCUUGUUCUUUUUAGACAUUCAUUUCCCGCCAGACUACCCUUUCAAGCCACCGAAGGUGGCAUUCAAAACCCGCAUCUACCAUCCUAAUAUCAAUGCUAACGGGUCCAUCUGUUUAGACAUCCUCAAAGAUAAGUGGUCACCAGCAUUAACUAUUCCCAAGGUUCUUCUUUCUAUUUGCUCGCUUCUGGACGAUCCUAAUCCUGAUGACCCGCUUGUAACCGAAAUCGCCGACCUUUACAAAGAAAACCGUGCUAAAUUUGACGCAAACGCUCGCGAGUGGACUAGAAAGUAUGCUGUGAAUUAACCUCUUGGGUUUCUAGGGAGUUUCUCAAGGCUGGUGCACAUUAGUCUCUAGACCCUGCCUCUGUAAAGCUCCCAUUAUGUAGUUUGCAUUCUAAAAUAUCUACCGUGCCACAUAACGAUGAUCGUCGUGUGACUCCGCGCUGUAGGAGUUACCCUCCAGU